GACCUGGUAAGCUUGGUAUAUAAUGCAUGUAUAAUGCAGCCGAGUGUGGAGUGAAUUGAUUCUCUUGAAACACAGCUUAACUCACUCCGUGUUAACAAUGUCGUACAGAAGACCGCUGAUCAUCCUCCUACUGAUUGCUUGUUUCUGGCAGCUGUCCAAGUCGCAACCUUUCGGCGGACCUUCAGCAUUCCAGUUAGGCGAAGGCAAAUGCGAUAAAGGACAAGUGUGUCCAGCAGGGUUUGAGUGUCGAACGGAGGUGGUCACAACGAUCUCAAAGUUCCCAGAAUGCAGUGAUCUCCGCUCCGAGGUGAUGGACAGAACUGUGGAAUUGAAGGCUGCUACACUUCGUAGUACAAUAGAGAAUACAACCCUAAGCGACUUCUACACGGACGACACUUGGUUCUUGUUCCAGUUGUCUAGAUUAACCAGGGGCCCCCCAAGUGGAAGAACGGAAAGCUCAGCGAAGAGCUUUAUUAGCAUCUUUACCUCAUGGAUUAUGGGUGAAGUCUCUGGUUCACCGUCUACACUGAAUGUGGAAGAAAUCUUCAUUUUGAGCGAUGAUCUAGUCCUGGCAUUCAACCUGAUCGAGGCUACCAGUCAUGGCACUGGGUUCGGCGCUGUGUAUGAGUUGGUUCUGUGGAGAAGAGAAGAAGGUGUUUUGAAGACUGCUGUCCAAACUUUGAAUUUCGUGCCGCGGCCCAGGCCUCCACCAGAGAAGUAGCAACCUCAAUGACUGUUUGCUGUGAAUAAAGCUCACUGAUUCAGACGAGA